AUGAUUGCUGUUUUGCAAACUAAUUUGAAUCCAAUGGCAUUCUUUUUAUGCACCCCGGUUGAUAGCCCUGCAGAUCCAAACCGAUAUCCCCAACAACGUGCCCAAAACCGGGGUAAUGCCGCAAUGCUGAGCACCGGGGGCGAGAUGAUGUAUCAGAAUGCUACCAGACUUCCUGAUAGUCCACCAAUAACGGACAUCAGUGGUGCUGCAUCAUCUGGUUCUCCUAGCUCAGCGUCUGAUUCACCCUAUUCACCGGAAACGUAUCAGAACUAUCAAGUAGUUCAUAAUCAACAAAAUGGUAACGGUCUGAUCCUGGGAGUUCAUCCAGACUUGACAGCACAAAUGUUAGUCCAAAACGAAUUGAUACCGCAAAACCACCGCAUAGGGAACAGAAUUUUGCAGCAUACAUUACCUUCACCUCAAUCAGAGUAUAUGAGCAGUUAUACUGCGCAGUCGACUCCUGCGACUCUCCCUCAAGUUUCGCCUUCGCCUAUGAAUCCUAGACAAAUGAACAGUAAUUACCCGAUUCCAAAUAAUGGCUAUCAGCUGGAUGCCUAUAACGGAAUGAUGCCGGUACCGAACGAAGCAAUGCAGCAACACCAAGUUGCUGAUGGACCAGCAAAUCGCAAGCGAAUGCGUCCUGAGCCGACUCCACUUCAUGUUAAGAACGAGCCACAAAAGAUUUAUGCUCUACCGACCCAAUUAUCUAUAGCUCCAUCGCCGAUUGCCACUGAAGAUUUUGAGGAUGGUUUUCAUCAGAGGGCUAUACGUUUCUCCCGUUUUAUGGAGGAACAGUGGGCAUCAUUGUAUGACUGUAAUCGUACAAGGCUUGAACAGCUUGAGAUGCAUGUGGUUGCUGACAAAGGGUUUAACUACAGUAAUAUGGACAACUGUUUUGUCAACCAGAAAAAGAAUCAUUUUCAAAUAACUGUUCAUAUUGAAGCGUUCGAUAAUCAUCCACCUAAUUAUGUAAAAGUAGGUGAUCGUUUGCUUCAAGUACGCGAGUUCAACCUAGUAUUUCGUGGUGUCAGAAGUGAGAUGUUGACAUCAGAAAUCGAAAUAAAACAGUCAACAACUGACAGAAAACCAAUUCCUCACGAACCUGUUAAGCUGGCAAUACAAGAGCGACGCAUGACUAAAGUGACAGUACAUCGUUUACACUUUUCUGAAACAACUGCUAACAAUCAGCGAAAAAAUGGGCGUCCAAAUCCAGAUCAGAAAUAUUUUCUUUUAAUUGUUAAACUGAUAGCUAGGACUGAUGGUGGCGAAGAUCCUGUAGUGCAGGCAUAUCAAUCAGAAAAAGUUAUUGUCAGAGCAUCGAAUCCAGGCCAAUUUGAACCACCGGAUACGGAUACGACAUGGCAAAAGAGUGGUUCUACAUUAUAUUAUAAUGGAGGUUUUGUUGCCAUUGGGACUGAUAAACCUGUAGCUUCAUUAACUGUUGCUGGCGACAUAUUCUGUUCGGGUACUGUAAAACAUGCGUCAGAUCGUCGCGUGAAAGAGAAUAUUCACGAGAUUGAUACUAAAGAUGCGUUGUCCCGUCUGGAAAAAAUACGAGUUGUUGAGUACGCUUAUAAACCAGAAAUUGCUGAUGAAUGGGGACUGUCAGAAGAAAGUCGACAUCGUGUCGGUGUGAUUGCACAAGAGCUUGCUGAAAUUCUACCUGAAGCUGUUACAGAUAACGGAGAUUUUCUGCAGGUCGAUGACUCUCGAAUCUUCUACGAAACUGUAGCUGCAGCUACAGAGUUAUGCAAGUUGACCGGUAGCCUCGAAACAAAGAUUACAGCUGUGGAGAAACUGUCCCAUAAACUUGCAAAAAUUCAUAAGCAAAGAUGCAAAGAUGCUGGUAGUAUUGCUAGCGGCCUUACAGAAUUUGGUCUAUCCGACAAAAGCACUUCUGCAUCACGGAUUUCACUAGCCUCUACGGCACCGUCUUGUGUGUCACACGACAAAAACCAUAAUCGAAAGAAACGUGACCGGCGCGCUAGCAUUAAUAGUUAUCAUCAGUGUCACAGUCCGUCUUGUCAUCAUACUGAGCCGCCGUUAUGCAGUUCUAAACUGACACAGUUUACCACUGUUGCACUGGUUAUUGUCAUGGCCAUUUGCUUGUUGGCUAUGUCAACUCUUUACGUGCUUGACUGGCAUAGGCGCAACUCAGGAUACUACAAUUAUUUGCGUAAUAUAACAGAUUCUGGUGAAGAAGAUCCAGGACUGUCAUUUAUUUUCAAACCCAAUGAACCGUAUAAGGCACCAGAUCAUUCGAAAGCACCACCUUUAACUGCAUAUUGUGGCUCUGAACAUUGUCGUAUGUACUGUUGUGCCGAUGUGACGUCAACUGAUCUUGAUAAGAAUGACACUAAUGAGCCUGGAGGUGGGUUGUCGUCAUCUUUAUUGGGCGAAGCAGCAUUAGCUUUACCGCGGUACAGUUCUUAUGUGCCGCACGAGCCUGAUUUACAUCCCUCAGCAAAUGUGCGGUCACCUCUACCGUCUGGAGUCACAUUUGAGGUGGUUAAUUUGAAUGUAACACUGGAUGCUCGUUACUGCCUGAAUACCAGUUGUAGUAGUCGGCGUGGAUCUUACACACUUUAUAUACCGAUAACACCAUAUCUUCCAACAAUUUCCCUGGAAGUUAAAAUCAGUGUGCCUGACAGCAGACAGUACAUUGCAAAUUGUGGUGUCAAAUAUCCCAGAAAGUGUAAAUUUAAUGACAGUUAUUCACAGGAGGAAGCUGUUUCAUACAUGCUCACUGAUGGUGUCUAUGAAUUACCAGUUGGUAACUAUGUUCAUAUACUGCAUUGUUUCCGUAUCGGACAUACAGCAGAUUCUUGUAACGCUAAUGAAGCCCAAAAAGGGCGUAGCUACGAUGAGUAUAAUUUGGUUUUCUAUCGACUCUGUAAGGAUGUGCAGAUGUCGGAGGAAAAUGAAACUUCCAAAUCAGGUGAUUCUGUUUCUGGAAGAAACAAACCAGGCUUUUUAAAUACUCACGGUGUUGUACCUCAUGGAUUGAAUUAA